AUGCCGAAACGCAGUAAGCUGGACGAGCCGAUGGAUCAAAGCGAACCACCGGCGCCCAGUUUUUCACCCCGAAGACUCCGCACCCGAGCCGCUGUCAGAAAGUCGAAAGAAGCUCCAGUUGAUCCCGACGUCGAACAUGAAGCUGCGCGCCGCGCCGUAAAGCAUCGAUACAUGACGAAGCGGGCGGCAAUGUGCAAGCAGCUCGGUAUCCGCCGAUACGCGGAUGUUAUUCCACCGAUCGGAACUCUUUUCGACGAUCCGGAACUAGUGAAUCAUUUUGCUGCAGUUGAACUCCAACAAUUUGAGAUUGCCGGCCAAAUCGAGGAGGACAUCAAAGACAUGAUCGCUAUGGUUGACGAGAGUUUUCCCGGGCGCACGCUGGUAGAUGAAGAAAAUAACACGACGACGGGGAACAAGGAGAGAACUGCGGCUUCGAUUAUGGAGACACUGCACGAUUUGACGAGACGCAACAAGGAGUUGACCCACGGGCUUUUGCAAUUUGAACGCUCUGUAAUGCAAGAAGUAAUUCGAAUCAUCAUGAAAGAGAUGAAGAAGCCCGACCACGUCGAAAAUUUGCGUGCGGAAAUGAAGCCCAUCCGCCACUCGACCCCAAUUAGCCAAACUACCUCCAGGGCUGAC